ACCGUAAAAGUGUACACGUGUCUUUUUCUAGCAACAUGAAAUAGCCUUUUUUCUCGAAAUCAGAGGUCAGCGAUACCCAUCGCCAUAGCUUUUCUAUGGAUCGUCUCAAUGGUACUCCGCGUCUUAUGAUAGUCUCUGAUCUUGAUUCUACCAUGGUCGACCACGACGACCCUCAAAAUCUCUCUCUUCUCCGCUUCAACGCUCUAUGGGAAGCAUAUUACCGCCCUGACUCUCUUCUGGUUUUUUCAACUGGAAGAUCUCCCGAUUCUUACCAACUUUUAAGGGCCGAGAAACCCUUGCUAACCCCUGAUAUCACUGUUAUGUCUGUGGGAACUGAGAUUGCCUAUGGCGAAUCUAUGGUGCCCGAUGUUGGCUGGGAGCAGUUGCUGAAUCAGAGGUGGGACAGAGGUGUUGUUGUGGAGGAAACCUCCAAGUUUCCUGAUCUUCUUCCUCAGUCAGAGAUUGAUCAAAGACCUCAUAAGGUUAGCUUUUAUGUAGAGAAGGUUAAAGCGCUCAAGAUAAUUGAUGUUCUAUCAGAGCGUUUGGAGAAACGAGGGUUAGAUGUAAAGAUAAUCUAUAGUAGUGGGAUAGCUUUGGACGUUUUACCAAAAGGUGCUGGUAAAGGACAGGCCCUUGCAUAUCUACUAAAGAAAUUUGCAUUUGAUGGAACACUUCCUGCCAAUACGCUUGUUUGUGGUGAUUCUGGCAAUGAUGCUGAACUGUUGAGCAUUCCUCAAGUCUAUGGAGUAAUGGUCAGUAAUGCACAAGAAGAACUGUUGGAGUGGUAUUCGGAAAAUAUGAGAAAUAACUCUAAUAUAAUCCAUGCUACCGAGAGAUGCGCAGCAGGGAUUAUACAGGGAAUUGGUAGUUUCUGUCUGGGUCCAAAUGUCUCUCCUAGAGAUAUCGGUGACUUUCAAAAGUGCAAAGUGGAUAUCAUCAGCCCUGGUUAUGAAGUCGUAAAAUUUUAUUUAUUCUACGAGAGAUGGCGAUGUGCAGAUAUUCCGAAAUCUACACAUCAUAUGCAGAAUCUAAAAUCAGUUUUUCACUCCUAUUGUACUCUGGUCCAUCCCUCGGGAACUGAGCAGCAUAUUUACCAGUGUGUGGAUGAAAUGGAAAAGUUGCAUGGAGACUGGCAGGGAAGGCAGUUUCAGGUAUGGGUAGAUCGAGUGUCCUCAGCACAAAUUGGCUCAGACCUUUGGCUUGUGAAGUGCGCUAAAUGGGAGUCACAUGGAGAAGAGAAGUAUUGCUGUCUGACAACAAUCUUAAUGAGUUCAAAGGCUGAGUUACCAAAUGACUUCAUAUGGUUACACGUGCACCAAACAUGGUUGGAUGGUUGUGGGGUAAAACAACCAGACACUUGGUUAAUUUAAAUUUUUAUUUCAAUAAGGAUUCCUUGAAUGAGAAGUAAUUAUGUACUGCAGUUUGUUUCUGGUCUAAGCUAUGUACUUGCAACUCUGCAGAAUCAGAAGACGUAAUGACUUUUAAGAUUGAUUUGGACGGGCAAGUCAGUUGACUUAUUUCUAGAAGUUUAGUAAUGACCACAGUUAAUAAUUGUACUCUAAUAAAUUGCAAAAAUAUUUACGACCAUCUAGUGCAGAUAUGGUCUAUUAUAGCUUUAAGAGAUUCAAAAGUUCCAUAACUAUAAAGUUUGGGAGAAAAGAAAUAGUAAUGCGAAUGGAAUACAAACUAAGGAACAAUUUCAGGUUUACAUUAUUAGUUCACUCUUAACAUUUUGACUUUGUUCAGUGUGGCUGCCACUUUUUUCAUAUCUGUCCUAUCUUCUGGUGCUGUGUUGCAGAAUAAGCUAGAGCCAAUUUCACUAUGGCAGAUAGACAUUCCGUUUUAAGCGCAUAGUGUUCCUCUUCUGCCCUAUGACUUCAGUUAUUGCAUGUUGAAAUGAAUUUUCAAUCCUUUGUUUUAAAUUCAUAUAUCUCCAUUGAACAUUUCAU